ACUGUAGACUCCGUCACUGCGCUUCACUCAGACCGGACGUGCAACUGGAAAGUCUGCCAUUCUGACAGUCUACAUACAAACUCUUUUUCAGGAUAUGUCCAUAUAAGAUUUUGAAAUGCCUUCAUCAAUUCCUGCCUGUCUCCUCUUAGUUAUCCUCCUGGCUCAGCUGUCAACAUGCGCAAAGACUGAGAUGAAGAGGGUUGUUGGAGACAAUGUGACUUUACCCUGCUACCAUCAGUUCUGGGUGGGCGAUGACCCCACUUUGGACAUUGAAUGGCUGCUCCUCAAACCAACCAACAGACAAAGAGUGGUGAUCACAUACUUUGCUGGGAGGGUUUUUGACCCAAAUGAAGCAGGAAGUGGUCGUGUUGCGUUUGCUGGCGAGUACCUGAAGGGUGAUGCAUCCUUGAUGAUAAGUGACUUGUCUCUGCUUGACUCCGGAGAUUACAGCUGCAAGGUCAAGACUGGUGCACAGUAUCACUGGAGCACCAUCACUCUCACUGUCAUGGUGAAGCCGUCUAAACCUCGCUGUUGGAUGGAGGGCAAGUUAUUAGAAGGUGGCAACGUGAAAAUGAGAUGCAAGUCCUCAGAUGGCUCUGAUCCCAUCCACUACAAAUGGGAGAAAUUAUUAGACAAGGGGAAGUACCCUGGUAAACCUCCUCCCACUCUGCUGAUCGAUUUAAAAGUUCCAGAGAUUUUCACACUACGAAACUUGACCACAGAGAGCAGUGGAGUCUAUAAAUGCACUGCUACCAAUGACGUGGGAGAGGAGAGCUGCACGGUCGAUGUGGAGAUGCACUAUGUACAGGAUACGGGAGCACUAGCAGGGGCUGUGGUCGGUGUUGCCUUCGGGGUCUUCCUCAUCAUCCUUACCAUGUGGGUGGUUUUUCACAAGAAAGAGGUGAAAAAAUACGAAGAAGAUGAGGCCCCUAACGAAAUCAGGGAAGAUGCUGAGGCGCCUAAGGUCAAAGUGAUGAAGCCUAAUUCCUUCUCCUCAUCCCGCUCUGGUAGCUGUCACUCAGGAACAUCUUCCACUCAGUCUAUGGUACACAACAUGACCACAUGUGGACAGCUGACCAGUGUUCCUGCUGUGGCAUCCAUGAGGGAAAACCUCCAAACUUCAUCCUUUUCACAGUCUACAUCAAGCCAAACGCCAAGAUCCCUCAACCCUGUUUGAUGCACCAUCAACUCCAUACCAAGCCCUACCAAGAAGAUUCUCCAGCAGAACCUGAUCUGCACGGAAGCCACUUUAUUAUCCCCACCCAAACCAAAGUUUUCUCGACUGCUUAAAGGAGAUGGCAUGUUUCAAUCAGGAAUCUAUGAAUAUGACCUCACUUCGUGUCUUCACUGCUUUUAGCUACAUACCUGUAUAUAGGUAUAACAUAUCUUUCUAAUGGUAAUGAAGUCGAGGUAACACAAUAAGUUGCAGAUGGUGUGGCGCCACAAAAUGAGUCUUCACAUUAUGUGUUCAAAAUAAAAAAUCACGUCCAACAUUCACGCAUAAAUCUGUCUGCAUUCAUGUAGGUAUUAACAAGUAUAUACCUCUUAAUCUGUCGAGCAUUUGUGAAAUGCAUGAUAAAUUCACAAUUGGACAAACUCAUGUGGCCUUUACAUCACUAGUGUAAAAAUACAAGUGUCUAAUAAUAGUCCAUAUGUAAAAUA